GAGAUCUAGAGGGGGAAAAUAAUGAGGUCUCCCUAGGUUUGGGAAACAUGGUCGAGAAGAUAAUGUCACUUAUGAGUGGAGGAAGAAAGUUACAGGAAAUAGUGAAGGCAGAUUCUCUACCGACACUGCUUGAGCUGACUCGUAGCUUGGAUGGUUCCCACCCACAGUGUCUGCAGCAUGUCUUGUGUCAGUUGAACUCUCACUCUAACCAACUCCCAUUCUUAUCACGUAUAACUAUAAAACUCCUCAGUGCUAACCUGGCAGAGAUCUCCACAUCGAUGUCUGUUGGAGAUGAUAAUCAACAAGCUAUUGUGGCUGGCCAGCGAGGUGAGGACUGUGACGAAGUCUUCACUGGCUGUGACAUCAUGAGCACCACAAAGAAAAAGUAAAUAAUUGUGCUGCUGCCGGAGAAAAAAUCAUGUACCUUUACUGUAUUUACAGUUGCAGCGCUGUGUGACCCUUAUGGGUUUAGCGUUUAAUUUGAUGAUGUAUUUAUAGUUACAUAUAAUAAAGACAAGUAAAUAUUAUGUACAAUGUACUGUAUUCAUAGAAAUACAGUAAUCACCAUGAUAUUAUAUAGAUUUUUUUGGGCAUACAAAUUAUACAUUCCUGUAGGGAAGCAGGUCAGAAUUCUUCCCUCUUAAGCAGUUGGUGUUGUACACAAGUGCUAGGAACAAGGAGCUGGUUACCCCUUCAUCUCUAAGUACUGACUAAACAGAGUAGGAAAUAAAUGUUUUCUACAUUGGGCACCCUGCCUGGGUGGGAAAUGGCUUUUUUAUUUAAAAAAAUAAAUAUGAAUAUAAACAUACGUACCAUAUUUAUAUUGAAGUGUUAAGUUCUUGGACUAUGAGUGCUUCAUUAAAGUGAAAUAUUACAUAUUUAAUCAGA